CAGAGCAAAACGGAGAGAUAGAGAGGGCGAAACGUAUGAUUGCCCUCUCCGCCUCCGAUCCCAAUCUCCAGCACUACAACCUCGUUUUCCAACGACGACAACAACAACAUCGAACAACCCUAACGUUAUCUGAUUUUAUUCCUUCAUUCAUUUUUUUUCCCUCUCAAUCACAUGAAUCUCUCAUUCUCAUUGUCCACGCCAUUUCUUAGUCUUUGAUGCGACGGUCGAAUGCUCGUACACGGGUCUAUUCCAAAGCUAGAACCCACAACGGAAUGGAUCCCAUCAAGCUCCAAGUCCGACCCACCAGCCGCUCCAACUUAUUCUCCCGCAAUUCCAACUCCAAGCACACCAAAUCGAAACUUUUGAUCUUCGCUUUGAUUUCGAUCUCUUUUGCUUUGCUGUUAUGUUACUUGUUGGUGUUCGGGAAAAGCUCGCGGAGCUCCGUGAAGAGAAAGUACGGGAUCGUCAUCGACGGAGGGAGCACCGGCACCCGGAUCCACGUGUUCGAGUACCGGGUCGAGAAUGGGCGUCCGGUGUACGAUUUCGGGACGGACGGGUUGGCGACGAUGCGGGUGAACCCAGGGCUCUCGGCGUUCGCGGAGGAUCCGGAUGGGGCGGGCAGGUCGUUGACGGAGCUCCUGGAGUUUGGAAAGGGAAGAAUCCCGAGGGGGCGCUGGGGAGAGACCGAGAUUCGGCUCAUGGCAACCGCGGGGCUCCGGUUACUCGAGUCGGAGCUCCAGCAGCGAAUUCUGGAGUCGUGUCGGCAGGUGCUCCAGUCGUCGGGGUUUAAGUUUCGGAACGAGUGGGCUUCGAUUAUUACCGGCUCUGAUGAAGGGCUUUAUGCUUGGGUUGUUGCAAACUAUGCUCUUGGGACUCUUGGGGGGGAUCCUUUGCAGACAACUGGGAUUAUUGAACUUGGUGGGGCUUCUGCUCAGGUUACCUUUGUUUCAAGUGAGUCAAUGCCUCCUGAGUUCUCACGUACUGUCAGAUUUGGGAACAUUACGUAUAAUCUCUACAGCCACAGUUUUCUUCAUUUUGGUCAGAAUGUUGCCUUUGACUCAUUUAAGGAAGCACUUAUUUCAUCAGACUUGAACUUGGUUACUGAAUCUCUUCAAAAGGGUACUUUGUUAGAUCCUUGUACUCCUAAAGGGUAUUCACAUAACGUGGAGUUGCUGAAGCUUUCGCCAGGUUCUAUGGAAGAUAAGAGUAAAUAUUUAGCUACUCUUCAAUCUAAUGGGAACUUUUCAGAGUGCAGAUCUGCUGCAUUGAUGCUGUUACAAAAAGGAAAAGAGAAAUGCUCAUAUCAGAGUUGCUACAUAGGAUCAACUUUUAUACCUAAACUUCGGGGGAAGUUUUUGGCGACAGAAAAUUUCUUCUAUACGUCAAGGUUCUUUGGUUUGGGUAGGAAGGCAUUCCUUUCUGAGCUGAUGAUGGCUGGACAACAAUUCUGUGGAGAGGAUUGGUCAAAGUUGAAGAAGAAAUACCAUUCUCGUAACGAGGAAGAUUUACUGCGCUAUUGCUUUUCUGCAGCAUAUAUCGUGGCCCUACUUCAUGAUAGUCUAGGAGUUUCUUUGGAUGAUAAAGGGAUUGAGGUGGUUAAUCAUGCACGAAACAUUCCACUUGAUUGGGCUUUGGGAGCUUUCAUUCUGCAGAGCACAGCAGAGUUGGAUCAAGAGCACCCAGACUGGAUGGCUAACAUUGUAGGUGAUGAAUCACCCACGCUGCUCUCAGUAAUUGCCAUCUUCGUAAUUUUGAUGUUUGCGGCAUGGUCUGUAUCAAAGUGGAGGAAGCCCCAGUUGAAGACUAUUUAUGAUCUUGAGAAAGGUCGGUAUAUAGUUACCCGUGUCAAUAGAUAUUGAUUGUCUAUACACGUGGAGAUUCAUCCUAGGCGUGGGAAAAAAAAACAAAAAACAAAAAAAAAAAGCUUUGUAAUUACCAUACAUUUAAAUUAUUUUAUGCAUCCCCAGUCUAUGCCCAGAGUUCUUAAGGCUUUAUGCAGAUGGGAGAACAAAGAGUGCAUGUUUGGGGUAUCAGUACAGAUUGUAAAGUUUUGUGGAGAAAUAUUAGAAGAUCAGAUUCCCAUUUUGUAAUCGGGUUGUGAUACACACAACCUAGCACGCGGGGCAAAAAUUUUUAUUUUUUUAUUUUUAUUAAAAUAUUUUUUCGA